AUGGUACAGCCUUUGUUUGCAUCUAAUCCAUAUUCAUCGCCAUUUUUGUUAGCUGCCUAUAGGCUCACCAAUAAGUUUAAAGCAGUUGAUGUUCUUCAUCGAUGGUUAUGGAUAUUUGAAAAAUCUCGAGAAUCGAAUGUUCGUAUUGUUGCAUAUUCCACCGAUUGUGAUGCUCGAUACCUUCUUUCUAUGAGACUUGCAACAGGAUUUUUUGCAAAAUAUAAUAAUAUUGCAAUAUGUGAUCGUGUUGAUGCGCUUGAAAUCAAUUUACCACAAGAGUGGAAAGCUUGGUUUUUCAUGCCGAUUCGGCAAAUCUUUUUCUGUUUUCAAGAUCCAGUACAUCUGUGUACGAAACUUCGUAAUCGUAUGCUUUCUGAUACAUCCUUUCUAUUGAUUGGAAAAGAAGAAGUUUCAAUUGAAGUACUAAUGGAAUUGAUUGAAAAUAAAUCAAAAAUUGCUCAUGAUCUUGUUAAGACGGAUAUCAAUCUGAAUGAUCGACAGAAUUUCACAUCUUGUCUCAAUCUCUCAGAUGAUGAUGUACUUGUAACGUUAGAAGAUAUUGAAGGUUCUCAAGCUACACGAAUUUAUUUGCGUCUUUUACGUAAUAUCGCGUUAGCGUAUGUAGAGCAUAAUACAUCGACUAUUGAUCAUAUCUAUCAUAGUUGGUUUGGAGUAUUUUGUGACGUACAUGGCAAACUUGGUUACAUGUAG